CGUACCUACGGAGUACGGAGUCGAUCCUUUGAAGAGGGAAAAAAACAAAAAAAAAUUAUAAUAAUAAAGAUGAAGGGAUCCCCCGUACUCGCCGUAUGCGCUGCAGCGCUGACGCUCAUUCCAUCUGUCGUUGCCCUUCCCAUGAUUGAUAAGCACCUCCCAAGCUCCAUCGGUCAAUCUUCCUACAAGACGAGUCGAGAACGAGCCGAAGCCGUCAAAGAUGCCUUCAGAUUUGCCUGGAAUGGGUAUUUGGAACAUGCAUUCCCAAACGACGAGUUACAUCCGGUGUCCAAUACGCCCGGCAAUUCUCGGAACGGCUGGGGCGCUUCUGCCGUCGAUGCGCUCUCGACCGCGAUCAUCAUGGACAUGCCAGACGUCGUCGAGAAGAUUCUCGACCAUAUCUCCAACAUCGACUACUCCCAAACAGAUACCAUGUGUAGCCUGUUUGAAACCACCAUUCGCUACCUAGGAGGCAUGAUAUCCGCCUAUGAUCUGCUGAAGGGACCUGGUUCACAUCUUGUGUCGGAUCCUGCAAAAGUCGACGUGCUGCUUGCGCAAUCGCUGAAACUGGCCGAUGUACUGAAGUUCGCCUUCGAUACAAAGACUGGCAUACCGGCAAACGAGUUGAAUAUCACGGAUAAGUCUACGGACGGUUCGACAACUAACGGGCUCGCCACAACUGGCACCCUAGUCUUGGAGUGGACUCGUCUCUCGGACAUAACUGGCGACCCGGAGUACGGCAGGCUAGCACAGAAGGGGGAAUCGUACCUCCUCAACCCACAACCGUCAUCGAGCGAGCCAUUUCCCGGCCUGGUCGGUCGCACUAUUGACAUUGAGACGGGCCUAUUCCGCGAUGAUUAUGUCAGUUGGGGAGGAGGAUCGGAUUCGUUUUACGAGUAUCUUAUCAAGAUGUACGUCUAUGACAAGGACCGGUUUGGAAAGUACAAGGAGAGGUGGGUGACUGCCGCCGAAUCCACCAUUAAACACUUAAAAUCUUCGCCGUCUACUAGAAAGGACUUGACAUUUGUGGCGACGUAUUCCGGGGGGAGACUCGGUCUCAACUCUGGUCAUUUGACAUGCUUUGAUGGCGGUAAUUUCCUCCUGGGAGGCCAGAUACUUGACCGAGACGACUUCACCAAGUUUGGGCUCGAGCUUGUUGAAGGCUGCUACGCUACGUAUGCUGCGACCGCAACGAAAAUCGGCCCCGAGGGAUUCGGCUGGGAUGACACGAAGGUCCCUGAGGCCCAAGCAGAAUUCUACAAAGAGGCCGGGUUCUAUAUCACAACCAGCUACUAUAACCUCCGACCGGAGGUCAUCGAGAGCAUCUAUUAUGCUUACCGAAUGACGAAAGAUCCUAAGUAUCAAGAGUGGGCAUGGGAUGCCUUCGUGGCGAUCAACGCAACGACGCGCACAAGCACCGGUUUCACCGCCAUUGGGGACGUCAAUACGCCAGACGGAGGUCGAAAGUAUGACAACCAGGAGAGCUUCCUCUUUGCUGAAGUGAUGAAGUACUCCUAUCUCAUCCACUCACCAGAAGCAGACUGGCAGGUAGCCGGUCCCGGAGGAACGAAUGCAUACGUAUUCAACACCGAAGCACAUCCGGUGAAGGUCUUCAGCAGGGGGUGUUGAUACUGCGUUCUGUCAUGGCGCGCGGAGAUGCGGAAGUUUCGUGACGACUUGCUGGACCUUUUUUUUGCGAUGGAGAGUAGUUAGUUGAUGAGGUCGAGCAAAUUGCUCUGUAGGAGCCUGGCGAGUGUGUUUUGGACGUAGUACUCCGUAGCCAGCCCACAGCAAAAUCCACCCUAUGAAUGAAAAGUGUGUCAAGCACAUCUGUACA